AUGGCAAACCAGCUGGCACAUAUCAAAUGGGUGACCGUGGUCGGAGAUACUACGCCCCUUGGCAAGGCAGUGGUGGAAGCCCUCAUUCCGCACCCUGGAUAUGUGCUGAGAGUGCUGCGGCCGGUCUCGUCGGAGGAGCCUGUGGCCCAACCUUACAUAGUGGUGGACAGGGUGCCAGAUGACUGGGACUCGGAGAUGACGAUGGACGCUCUUUCGGCGUCCCAUGCUGUCGUCAACUGCUUGGAUGUCACCUGGGAAAACCGAUGGAAGCACCAUCGGGUGGCCGAGGCUGCCUUCCGCGGCGAGGUGAGCCGGUACAUCCCGGCCACCUUUGGCUCAGUCGACUGCCGCAACCAGCAAGCCCGCCGUGCCCUCAAGCUGUACGAAGAGAAGUACAAGCUGCUCAAAUACGUCAAGGACAAGGCCCUGGGGCCCGAUAACAUCAUCGAGCACCCAGACGGCAGCCUCACCCGGCCUUUUUCGUGGACCAGCAUUGUGACUGGUCUGUUUCUAGACCGCGGCAUCAAGGACCGCUCGCUCAGCAUCGACCCGGCAUUGCGCAGAAUCGGCAUCUUCGACGGCGGCUACACCUACUGUUCGUACUCUACCGUCUGCCUCGCCGCCGCGGCCGUCCUGCGUGUCCUGGACAACCCGGACAAGACAAAGAACAAGGUGGUGCACGUGCAGAGCUUCUGCGUGUCCCAGGACGAGCUCAAGGCGUCACUUGAACGUGUCACGCAUGAACAAUGGACUCCCGUCAAAAUGGGUCCGCUAGUAUACACGCCUUUCCUUGUGAAUCUAGCGCAGAAUGAUCAUUUCGGGGCGACCCAAAUACUGAACCAUGUAGUGGGCGUGGCCGAGGGCGAAUAUGCUACGGAAAGCGGCCUCGAUAUGAGCGAACUCGGCAUGCCGAUGCAAAUGGAGCCCCUUGAUUAUGUCGUUAGAAAGGCUCUUGAACUUGAGGGAAACUAA